UUCAUACCUGCAGCUAACUUCAUAAUAUUGUUCGAUCAUCGGUCAAGCGGUUGAAUAUUUCGUAAUUAGACAAUAUUUUUAAAGCUGUGCCAAUAAUUAUUACUAUUUAGUGUUCGUUUAUCAAUAAUAUUUAGUAGAAAACAGUUUUUUCGAUAGGAUAUAAUCGCGAACGUGCAUAUGCUUUGUUGUGAGAACCACCUUUAUCUGCUGUCAUUUUGAGCUAUGCAACACAAUUUUUUCGACUUUUCGAUAAUGAAAUAUAACUUAGCGGUGGAAUAGUGCGUCUCUCCCAAAACAAACGGGCUGUGGUCUCCGAAGGUCGUGUACUCGUCGAGGGUUCGCGAUGUGGUAUCAGUGGGUGGUGUGAUCUGGAGAAUGUGCGGUGGCGUUUAGUGCGUGAAGACGUGAGAAAGGGUGUCAGUAUGGAGGUAGUGGUGAAGGACGAGGAGCGCAUGCGGCGGCUCCGCGCGCUGGAGGAGCGGCUGUGCGACCCGCGGUCGUCGGGCAACGUGGACUCGUUGCUGGACACGGUCGCGGCGCUCGUCUCCGACUGCGACCACCCGGCCAUACGUCGCAUGAAGAACGUCGAGGCCUACACUAGCAGAUAUGAAGAGUUUGCAUCUGAAAUUGUUGAUCUUCGUAUGAAGGCAGCAGAUUUUGACCUAAUAAAAGUGAUAGGUCGGGGAGCAUUUGGGGAAGUGCAACUAGUCAGACACAAGUCCACACGUCACGUGUACGCCAUGAAGCUGCUGAGCAAAGUAGAGAUGAUCAAAAGGUCAGACUCCACCUUCUUUUGGGAGGAGCGACACAUAAUGGCACACGCUAACUCUGAAUGGAUUCUCAAAUUACAUUUUGCCUUCCAAGACCACAAAUAUCUUUACAUGGUAAUGGAUUACAUGCCUGGUGGUGAUCUUGUUAGUCUCAUGUCUAAUUAUGAUAUACCUGAGAAGUGGGCCAAGUUUUAUACAAUGGAAAUAGUGCUGGCAUUAGAUGUUAUCCAUAACAUGGGGUUUGUUCACCGAGAUGUUAAGCCGGAUAACAUGCUAAUUGACAAGUAUGGCCACUUAAAAUUAGCAGAUUUUGGCACCUGCAUGAGAAUGGGCCCAGACGGGCUGGUGAGGGCUAGCAAUGCUGUAGGGACUCCAGAUUAUAUUUCUCCUGAGGUCUUACAGUCCCAAAAUGGAGAAGGAGUGUAUGGCCGUGAAUGUGAUUGGUGGGCUGUCGGUAUAUUUUUGUAUGAAAUGUUAAUUGGGGAUCCACCCUUUUACGCUGAGAGCUUAGUAGGAACUUAUGGAAAAAUUAUGGAUCACAGGAACUCUUUACAGUUUCCUGAUGAUGUAGAAAUAUCUAAAGAGGCCAAGUCUCUUAUAAGAGGGCUGCUUACAGACAGAGUUAGAAGAUUAGGUAAGAAUAGUGUUGAUGAAAUCAAGCAACACCCAUUCUUUUACAAUGAACAGUGGAGCUUCGAUAAUCUCAGAGACUCUGUGCCACCUGUAGUCCCUGAGCUGUCCAGUGAUGAUGACACUAAAAAUUUUGAUGAAAUUGAAAAAUCUGAUGCAUUAGAUGAAUCUUUUCCAGUGCCAAAAGCAUUUGUUGGCAACCAUUUACCCUUUGUGGGCUUCACUUACAAUGGGGAUUACCAGCUGUGCGGUCGUAGGAACCAGCACACAGAUGUUGUAGACACAAUCUCAACCAAUCAUAUCAACAAUGUUGGUUCUGAAGCAAUUUUGCAGCUAGAAAAACUUUUAGAGAGAGAGAGGGAUGGCAGACGUAAACUUGAGGAUAGACAAGUGAGCCUUUGCACUCAGUUGGAAGAACUGUCUCAGAGAGAAUCUAGAAGUAAAAAAUUAAUAGCAGACACUGACAAAGAGUUGGCUUUACUCCGACAUGACCUUAAGGAAAUUCAGCGCAAGGCGGAGAUUGAAGCAGAGUCAAGAAGGAAAGCAGAAAUGAACUACAGUGAAGCCAAAAGACGUCUUGAGGAAGAACAAAACAAAAGAGCAAAAGAAAUGAGCAACCUACAAAAUUACAACGAUAAAAUUAACACCCUAGAAAAGCAAUUGACGGAAUUACGCGAGAAACUAAAGCAGGAGUCUGAGGCGUCGGCUAAGGCGCGAAAACAGGCGGCAGAGAUGACGGCCGCGCAGGCCGCCGCCGCCGCCGUCAGUGACGGGACAACGGCGCGUCUGCGCGCGCAGCGGGACUCGCUCGAGCGCGAGCGGGCGACGUUAGCCGACGAGCUGGCCGUGGCGAAGGCCGGCAAGCAGCGUGCCGAGGCCGCCGUGGCCGAGGCGGGCGGCCGCCUCAGCGCUGCGCACGCCGAGCUCGAGCGCUCGGCCGCGCGCCUGGGGCAGGUGGCCAACGACAACCGUCAGCUGACGGAGCGCGUGUCGCAGCUCGAGAAGGAGUGCGCGUCGCUGGCGCACGAGCGCUCCGCGGCGCACCACCUGUACCAGCAAGAACUCCGCGCCCACCAAGACACGCAACGCUCGCAGCUGCUUUCCAAGCAGGAGGCCAACCUCGAACUUGUCAAAGCACUGCAAGCUAAGCUGAACGAAGAGAAGGCGGGGCGGCAGCGCGCCGAGGCCACGUGCCAGGAGAAGGACCGCCAGAUGUCCAUGCUCAACGUCGACUACCGCCAGAUGCAGCAGCGCCUGCAGAAGCUGGAGGGCGAGCAUCGCCAGGAAAGCGAGAAGGUGGUGGGCCUGCAAGCGGCCCUAGAGCAGGAGCGCGCCGCGCGCUGCGCCGGGGCCGGUGAGACGGCCGCGGCCGAGGCCGCCGCGCGCGCCGCCGCCGCCGAGCGCGACGCUCGCGCAAGGGACCUGCACAACGUGCGCCAGGCCCUGCACACCGCCUCGGAGAAGCUGGCCGCUGCGAGCGCUGAACGAGACAUGUACUACACUAGGAGCGAGGAGCUGCGGUCGCAGCUGGAGAACGAGCAACACUUCAGCCACGUGUACCGCGCGCAGGUCAGCGAGGUGCGCGCGCAGCUCGACGAGAGCUCACGCGCCGCGCGCGACCUCGAGCAGGAGCGCUCCAGCCUCAUGCACCAGCUGCAGCUGGCCAUAGCGCGCGCCGACUCCGAGGCCAUCGCCAGAUCGAUAGCAGAGGAGACAGUCGGCGAGCUCGAAAAGGAAAAGACCAUGAAAGAGCUGGAGAUGCGCGACGCUUUAGCCACGCACCGCAGCGAACUAGCAGGUCGGGACUCGCUCGUGCAAGGACUGCGCGACCGCGAGCAUGAGAACCGCGCCACCAUCGAUCUGCAACGGAAGGAGGUAGACGAGUUGCGGCGCAGCGGCACGGCGCUGGCCGAGCGCGUGGCAAGCUUGCAGCGGCUACAAGAGGAGGUGGAGCGGCUCAACAAGAAGCUCAACUCCGAGAUCAUGCUCAAGCAGCAAGCCGUCAACAAGCUGGCCGAGAUCAUGAACAGGAAAGACAUGAACCCGGCCGUGACAAAGAACAAGAGCAAGAUGUCGGUGCGCAAGGACAAAGACUACCGCAAGCUGCAACAAGAGCUCACUCGGGAGAAGGACAAGUUCGACCAGCAGGUGGCCAAGAUGCAGCGCGACUUGCAGGACACGCAGCAGCAGCUGCUAGAGGAGCAGCAGACCCGACUGAAGCUCGCCAUGGAGGUCGACAGCAAAGACGUAGAAAUCGAGCAGCUAAAAGAGAAACUCGCCGCGCUAACCUCCGAAACAGCUUCCCAAUCCUCCGCUGACGCAGAAGACGGGGAGACCGAACAGACCCUCGAGGGUUGGCUCUCCGUGCCUAUCAAACAGAAUAUAAGGCGCCACGGCUGGCGCAAGCAAUAUGUAGUAGUGUCGUCGAAGAAGAUCAUCUUCUAUAACUCGGAGAAUGAUAAGCAGAAUACUACGGAUCCCCUUAUGAUCUUGGAUUUGAGCAAAGUGUUCCACGUCCGGUCAGUGACACAAGGCGACGUGAUCCGCGCAGACGCCAAGGACAUCCCUCGGAUAUUCCAGCUGCUGUACGCCGGCGAGGGCGAGGCGCGGCGGCCGCAGGACGCGCUCGACCAGCCGCAGGACCAGACCGACCAGCAUGGCAACACGGUGCAGCACAAGGGGCACGACCUGGUCAGCAUCUCGUACCACAUCCCGACGGCGUGCGAGGUGUGCACGCGCCCGCUGUGGCACAUGUUCCGUCCGCCGCAGGCCUACGAGUGCCGCCGAUGCCGCAUGAAGAUCCACGCGGAGCACGUGUCGGAGGCGGAGUCGGUGGCGGCGUGCAAGCUGCACGCGGACCGCGCUAGAGAGCUGCUGCUGCUGGCGCCCGGCGCGCCCGACCAGCGGCGCUGGGUGGCGCGCCUGGCCCGCCGCGUGCAGCGCUACGGCUACCGCGCCGCGCACACCAACACCGGCACCAACACCAGCCACGACCACACCAAGCUGUCGCCCAGAGACUCGAUGCGCUCCAACCUGAAGAUAUCGUACAUGAACGCGAGCCAGCGCAGCUCCACGCUGCCCGCCAACGCGUCGCUGCCGCGCCAGUAGCGCCACCUGUGCUCGCGAACGUACACUGACGAUGGAAACAUGUUUCGAUCCCACUUUCGUUCAUCACCCAUCGGUUUGUACUAACAUUAUAUUUUAGUAGACGUCGUUUGUUUUAAAUGUGAUCGGUUUUCGUCCGCUCGACGGCGUUAUAUUUUGUUACGAUAUUUUUCGAUGAAUCUAUUGAAAAUUUGUUUUUGUAACUUAUUCAGUGAUUUAUAAAAUAAGCUAGUCUCAUGUGGUAAGUUCAAAUUUCGCCUAAGUUAAAGGAUUCAGCUUGACCGCUGUGAUAGUUUUUGAUAAUUUACAAGUGAGUACUUACGUGUGGCACGCGUUUGGAUCGAUCGAAGCGUCGCAGGAACUCAAUUUGCGCCUUGCACAUUUGCGAAGUUUUCGUACAGUUGUCAAUAAUCUCUAUUCGCACCUUUAUGCCAGUUGCGCCCUAAUGACGUGGUACCUGCAAUAAUAUAGUUUGGCAAGCAAUUUCCGUCAGUAGAAAAAGGUGGUAAAUUUAAAAAAAGGCGCGAAGGAUUGUGCUGCCAUAGAAAAUUUUAAUUUCGCGCCUUUUUUUUCUACUGACAGUGGAUUUGCCAGAGUAUAUCUUACACGACCAACCGCACUGGCACAUUUAUCUCGAAUGCAUUCAGAUGAACGAAUAGCGUCAAGUUGAGUGCCUGGGCGGUCGCGAUCGCAAUCACGUCUCGUGUUAAUGUUAUACCGCAGCAUAUAUUGUUUAUAAAAUAGCUCAUAUUAAUUUUAGGGUGUUAAUUACACACAAUACGCAGACUCUCAUCUGGUAUCUCCUUGCAUCCUCGCGUUAUGAUUACUCGAUAGUUUUGUACAGUCACCAUCAUAUAUGUAUAUCGGAGCAGCCGAGGUGCUUAAAAAUAUCUGAACACGCACUCUAACGCCUUGACAAUAGAGGCGUGUUCAGAUAUUUGUGAGCGCCUUGGCCGCUCCUAUUUAUCUGAUGGCGACUGUACACGCGCCAUCAUCUUACAAUAUCAAGGCAACGAUUAUAAAGUUGCAGUUUGAAAAUGAAUUUGGCUAUAACUUGGGCCAGAUAUAUAAUGUACUAAAUUCAUAUUAUUCUCAGUAAAAGUACAAGUAACAAAGUCCCACAUUUAUGCUCCCUGUGUUAUCAGAACACGACGGCAUGUUUUUUUUUUCUGGGACCUCAUAUCUCUACCUAUGUAGAUCUUUGCAAUUCCAUACUAAACAAGUACCUUAAUUCGUUUACCACUGAUUAAAUGUUCAUAUAAUAAUCUAUGUUACAUUACUCGGACAUAGUAUAUUUCUCUUUAUUUUUGUAACGCCUAUAACCAGAUUUGCAUUUUAUUAUAUAUAGAUAUUUUUAGGGUUCUGUACCUAAAAGGUAAAAACCCUACCCCCUACCCCUACGACCUUAUUACUAAGACCCCAUUGUCCGUUUGUCUGUCACCAAGCUGUAUCUCAAGAACCGUGAAAGCUAGGCAGUUGAAAUGUUCACAUAUGAUGAAUUUCUGUUGCCGCUAUAACAACAAAUACUAAAAAGUACGGAACCCUCGGUUGGCGAGUAGCGACUCGCACUUGUCCGGUUUUUUUGUUAUAUUAUCGUGUUAAAAUUCUUUGUGUUUCACUUGUUCAUAACCAACUUAUAAUUUUAUUCGUUAUCACUGUAUUGUAGAAAAGGUUCCAGAAUAACGUAAAUAUUUAUUUUAAAUGUUGUGAUACUAAUACUAUCAAUGUUUGUAAAAAAAACCUAUACGGCCUACAGCGGCGUAUUUAAAAAAUUAAUGGCCUAGCAUGGCCAUAAACGUUCCAAUUAAAUGUUAUCGGUAUAACGACGCAAUUGUGACUGAGUAGGGUCUUAUAACUUGGUGAUAAUCUGAUUCUAAACCCAAUUUUCUACGUCGUAUUGCACUUUUUACUAAUCAAUAUGAAAUAGCGGUAGUGACAAAAUGCGAUUAUAAUGUCAUUUAUUCUGGUGUUAAGUGUUAAAAACUGGCGUUUGUUGCUUUAAGGGAAACAUCGUUACAGAAUCGGUCCGUUUGAAAAUCUAGUUUUUUAUAAUGACUUAUGGAAUCACACUAUUGUACUAAUAACUGCACUAGUUACUAAACUAUUCACAUUCUGCACUCGUUGCGUUCUUCUAGAUAGGAAUAUUACGAGUAAUGUGAGAACUCUUGACGGGACCUAACGUGUUAGAGUAAGCAACGUGCUGCCGCACUUGCAACUUAACGAAAUCAGUGCCAUAAGUGAUUUGUUUAGUGAAACGGCUUCGGUACUUGCUCAAAACCAUUUUACACUAAAUCCAGCGAGUUACUUAAUUAUAUAAGACUCCCAUUCGGGCUUCCUUGAAUCAUACGAUCAUUUUAUACUGUUUAGACUAGUGUAAUGCGCUUAUUGUAUCGUUAUUAUAAAAGCGUUUUGUAGGUUAUGCGAACUAUACUAUCUAAAUGCUUAAUUCUGUGUCUGACGUUAAUCUUUGGCGGGACACUGAUAUUUAUGUGAUUCAAAGCAAUAACAACAAUCGGUUGUCGCACAGAGUAUCGACUAAUAUAAUCUAAUUCGGAGUAUAAGGGUGCCAAAUACCGAUUUGGUGAAUUACCUAUUAAUGGUACAAAACUUGUAAUUAUCCCUGGUUGCUAUGCUGCGAGACGGCGUCAAUCGAGGGUUAUUACGAUGCCAAGUCAAUACUUAUAAACACCAAUUUUAAUACGCCUUCGUAGGUUUAUAUAACAUUUUCUACAGAUGUGAUUUUAAAGUACAAAAGUGUCGAGAGUACAUACUUGUUCAUGUACUGACCUUGCCAGAAGUCAAGGGGUAAUGCGGUAUUACUCUUGGCGGCUCGCUCAAUUGUUUAAGGCCCAAGCAGACGGAAUGCAUGUUGUGUAUUACAAGUUGCGGUAUAGUAUUUCGUUUUAGUUUUUGGCUAAUCCAAAUACAAAACAAUAGUUAAGUUUACCGCGAAACACGGUAGUCAAGAAUUGUUACAACUAUCUUGAAGGUCCAAUGGAUUAUCGACUCUAUCUCUAUUGUUCAUAGACCCAUUGAAUCUUCAAGACAGUGCUAACGACUUUUUAUGAUUAUGUUUUGCGGUAAACUUAACAAUUGCUUUGUAUUUCUUAAAGAGUCCUCGGCAAGCUGGGGUCUCCAUACAAACGUAGUUACGCUCUCAUUUCAAAACGACUAGCUAGAUUGUUCUGAAACUAUGUACCUACAAUAGGAUAAGGUAUAUCUAGGUCUGUAAUUAGUUUAUGUAGCUUCAGAUAUCAUAGUAAAAAAAUACAGCGAGUUUAAGUUUUUCAUUUAAUUUUUUUUUUUCAUUUUUAUUAGUUUUUCAUACAAAACUUGUUUUUGCUGUAUUUCGUUUGUUUUAUAUAAACUAAUAACAGACAUAGAUAUACCUUAUGUAUGUAUGUAUGUGCAAAGGUUCAUUACAAUCCAACACGUAGUUCCAACAUGAGAACGAGACCCCGUUCAAGGGGAAAUUCGGCCGAGCUUGCCGGGGACGCUGUGAAUUGGAUUGGAAAAAACAAAACCAAAAUGCUAUCCGUCCGUUUGAGCCUUUUCGAAGGCCAUACCGCGCUCGUUGAGCUGUGAUAGUGAGGACGUGUCUACGAACAGCCGUGGUGCUACAGGAAGCAGGCCUCCGACGCAUUGUUGUUACAUUGGUUCUUGUUGAAUAGAUGCGCUGUUUAUUAUUGCUCUACACACUGUUUACAUUCCUCUGACGAAAGCUAUGUUGCGUUUUGUUUAUCUUAGUUUUAUAUUGACUCAAGUUCAACUCUCUCGCUUGUCCAGUUAUCGCUUUUAUAUAUUUUUAGAUAUAAGUCCGAAACAAUCUCUGUUCAUUUAUGUACUGACAUACGAAUUUCAAAUUUACCUAGGUACUUAAGUGUUUGAUAGAUGGCAAUCACCGUAGUUAUACGCUUAUUUUUGAGAUGCAUUUUUAAAUAUAUAUAAUUAGGCAGCUGUUGCAUUGUGUUACUCCAUUCCAUGAUAUUUUAUUUUUCGCGCGUUUGGAAAUGGUUCGUUUGCCAAAGAAAAUUUGAAAAUCAGCAUAAACAAAUUAUUUCACGUCUUAUUUUAUUAAUCCACGUUUUGUUUCCGUGCUUGUCAUUAAUAUUAAUUCAGUAUGAUAAUAAUUAUUGUUAUUUACUAUGCAUAAUUAUAAACCUGAUUUUAUUACACGACAUUUUUCGGGAGUAUUUUUUUAAGUAAUCGUAGCCUUAUCCUUUAUACACGUUUGUAUGUUAAGAAAUACUCCCAAAUUGUCUUGACGUAUAACACUCCGAUAGUGGACAAUGUAAAAUCAUAUUAUGUAAAUUAUUUAUUAUUAUUCAAUUACAUCUGAUAUUGUAACGUUUUAUUUAUCGAGCUAAAAUUGUAAGUUCCUAACUAGCUAGCUUCUCAUUUGUAAAGAAUACUUCUCAGUAAGCUUGUCGCUGAUAGUUUGUUCGGCUUAUCAGUUAUCGCGUAGUAGGUGUAACGUUAUUACUCUAAUACAUUAUGAAUCUAUUACUUUAUACAAUGAUUUCGGAAUUGAGUAUGCGCCCGUGCGCGGGCUGAGCGAAUUAUUAUUAUUAUUAUAUAUGCCUACGUAAUACGUGUCAUGCAAUAUACUAAUACCACGUGCCUUAGCUACGGCCCACUCCCAUAUCAUCUAGGCAAACUAUGAUCUAUCAAUAGUUAUUAUAAUGUACAUAUGUUUUAAAAUAAACCGAUAUUUUAUGGAUUUUUAAGGAAUUUGUAUAUUGUAAAGAUUAUUAAUUAAUUUUAUCAUAAAAUUAAUGCCUAGCUAAUAAGUGCUACAUUUGUGAAAAAUAAAUAACA